UGUUUGCUAAUACAUCUUUAAGCAAGUUGUUCAUAGACGCUUUUAUGCUAUAACAGGAUUUAUUUUGAAUGAUUACUCCAUCAAAACGAUAAUCGAUUAGGUUUCGAUUCAUCGUCGCGAUAAAACGUUACUUGAAAUAAGUGAUAGCAAUCAUUCCAUGUCAAAUACGAUCCAAGUCAACCUAGCAACAAGAGGUUGAGUAUACAAACCCAGUCCUGUUAAAUCUUUUAAAUUAACAAACUCUUCUGACGGUUUCCUCGAAAUCGAUUGUGUCAUAUGUAGCUGCUCUCAAUGGUACCACUUCCCGCGACUCGUGAAAGUCGACGAAGUGCGCGUGCUGGCUGGUUGGCUGGCUGGCUGUCUGCGCAGGGUGAGAGAAGCGGUGAUCCCCAGCAGACUGAGCUUCGAGAUAGAAAACGAACUUUACUUAGUGACCAUUGAAUAAACGGACGAAUCCGCUUGUAAAACCUGCAUCAGUAUCUGUGGCGUUUGCUGUGCAAGCAAGGAACUUCCAACCUAUUAGCUGUUACCCAGAUGCUCUCAAAUAAUACCUUCUAUGCAGUUUCAGUUCACUACAGGGGGUCAAGUACAAACAGAAAAUCACAUUGCAAAAGCUAAACACAAUUAUUAGAUCCACGAAACGUUGUGCAUCGUUUCCGGCAUAGAAAUUUAAGUUUUUUUUUCUGGAUUUUAUUACUCAAUGAGAUGAUUAACUUUAUCAUAUUUAUGAGCAGCUUUGUCAGGCUAAUGUGAGAUGAUUAAUAUUGAAAUGUAAUGGGCGAUCGACGAGCCCUGAGAGCGCAGCUAAAGUAUCGACGAGGCAGACCACACCGACUGUGCCAAGCAACGGCAUUGUUCUUUUUCAUCCAAUUAAAACCAGAAGGAGUAUUAGGCUUGGUCAAUGUCGGUGUUCGGUAUGACAGGAUGUUAAUGUAUAAGACUAUGAUGUUUAACAGUACGUAGGAUGAUUUUCUGUACCAGGGCUCUGAUGGAAUCACUUGAGCGCCCAGCCUCCUCUCACAUGGUUGACGACUGCGAGCAUUUUACGGAGUACCACAAAAUACAUCGACCGUGGGCGAAAUUUAAAGCAGCUGCUCUUGCCAUGAAGGUUGUCAAGGACUUACAAGCUGAAAAUGCUGGCAUGGAAAAGCUUCCAGCAGAGGUUGCUGUUCGGCUACCGCAGUUGCAAGUACUCGUGGACCGCUGUAGUCUUCGAUCGACAAAAUGCUCUUUACGUCGAUUCCAGCUCGAGCGAUACCGAAUGCUGACUAAAUCCUAUUUCAAGAAAUUAACUGAUUCGAAAAAUAAGGAGGCGGGAUAUGAAAGGCGAAUCGAAGAACUUAAAAUAGAGGCCGAAUUUUUAGGACACGAGGAAAGCGAUCUGCUUAAAGAUAUUGCUCGCAUUGAGGAGGAGCGCAAAGAAGAGGAGGCCACUGAAAAUCGAAAUUCGAUCGUGAUUACGGCUUUACCAGGCACCGCUCUUGAAUGGUCUGCCUCGCUUGACGUGUUCCCCCCACGGAAUUACUCCUCGAUACGACCAUGUACGAUCCGCUCUUCAGCACGUUUCACACCACGGAACCGGACACGCUUCAUUUUUAUGACAAUGUGGGUAGGGUUGUACUGGUUACUCUGUGAAUUUACUUGCUCCGAAUAUGCAAGUUUACAAUUUGGUCUGCUCGCUGUAUUCACCUACAUGGCGUACAACGAGAUGUAGAAUGAAGCUGGAUCGUAAUCGAUGAUGUGCAGGCAACCGGGGGUAGUCAAAAAAAAAAUCGGGUACUUGCGUACGCGUGACAACUUGAAGCGUAACAGGAAUUGACUAAUUUCGAAAAGGGUGUCCACUGCUUUAGUUCGACCUAUUAUUGGGUUAUCUCUUUUUUUUUUUAUUAAAUGAUUGUUCCCGUUAUACUACGUGCAUUUGACAGAAUGGACGAAAAUAAAAUGUCCGUCAUUAGUUAGAUGGCAUUGGUA